AUGCCCCUCCUCCCUCUGCGGCACCCUCGCCUCUUCUUGUCCGUCCUCUCUCGCCGGCCGCCCCUUUCGUCCCAAGUGUUGACAUUUUUCAAAUCCAUGGCUACCGCGCGCGAGCAGCCGCCAUGGCGGCAGCCGACUGUUCACCCGGAGGCGCAAUCGCACCUCCCUUCGCUGAAGGUUUACAACUCGCUCACCAAGUCGAAGACGCCAUUUAUUCCAAUUGACCCCAAGGGGAAGAAGGUCUCCUGGUAUGCGUGCGGGCCGACGGUCUACGACGAUGCACACCUUGGUCACGCGAGGAACUAUGUCAGUACCGAUAUUAUUCGGCGUAUCAUGCGGGAUUACUUCAAGUUCGACCUGAACUUCGUUAUGAACAUUACGGAUGUUGAUGACAAGAUUAUCCUCCGAGCUCGACAGCAACACCUGUUUACGAAAUUCGUGACCGCCCAUCCUACGAUCGAUGCAGAGGUUCUUGAGGUUGCCCACAAGGCGUAUGCCGCUUACUUGAAGAAAAACCUACUGCUGUUGAGCCCGGAACUACCUCCCUCGCAGUAUCCGAAGGAGGUUGAGAAGACAUAUGCAACUAUUUUGAGCGGGGGACCCUUACCGGGUAACGAGAAGGCUGGUGAUGACGAGGCCAAGGUCAAGAUGCACAUCAAGACGGUUCUGUCGGCUGCGAAUGUCAUUACCGAGGCGGAGAAGCUGGACCUGUCCGCUGCGCAACAGACCUUCCCGGAGCGAUUCUUCACCGAUGCACAGGAUCUUUUGCUUCCCUAUCUGGAUGCCUUGGAGGGAUCCUUGAUCGACGCCGAUGAUCAUUCGAUCUUUACGAAACUGACUCGAAAGUAUGAAGAUCGGUUUAUGAAGGAUAUGGACGAUCUGAAUGUUCUGCGGCCGGACGAGUUGACUAGGGUGACCGAGUACGGUCAGGAAAUCGCCGACUUUGUGGAGAAGAUUGUGCAGAACAAGUUUGGCUACGUUACUGCGGAUGGCUCAGUGUACUUUGAUAUCGACUCUUUCGAGCAAGCCGGAUUUCCCUACGCACGACUCGAGCCAUGGAGCCGUUCGGACAGCAAGCUUCUUGCCGAAGGAGAGGGCUCGCUAGUCAACAAGGCUACGGAGAAGCGCUCCAAGUCUGACUUUGCGCUCUGGAAGGCUUCCAAGCCUGGUGAGCCGAGCUGGACCAGCUCUUGGGGCCGAGGCCGCCCCGGAUGGCAUAUCGAGUGUUCGGCAAUGGCGUCUGCCCGCCUAGGUAAGCAGAUGGAUAUCCACUCCGGUGGUAUCGAUCUUGCGUUCCCCCACCACGACAACGAGUUGGCGCAGAGUGAGGCGUACUGGCACUCGCAUGAUGACCAGUGGGUCAACUACUUCCUCCAUAUGGGCCACUUGUCCAUCCAGGGGUCCAAGAUGUCAAAGUCAUUGAAGAACUUUACGACCAUUCGCGAGGCGCUGGAGAGAAAGGAGUGGACAGCCCGUAGUCUGCGAAUUGUGUUCCUACUUGGUGGGUGGAAGGAGGGUGUCGAGAUCACAGACGACCUGGUCAAUGCCGGUAACUCGUGGGAAGACAAGCUAGACAACUUCUUCAUCAAGGUUAAAGACCCUGCUACAAUGCCCGGAAACGCAGAGAGUACGGAUACCAGUCUCGCUGAUGCCUUGGCCGCGACCAAGGCUGCUGUUAAUGAGCAGCUGUGCGACUCAUUCAACACUCCGGCCGUGUUGGCCUCGAUCUCCGAACUGAUUACAAAGUUCAACAGCACAGACAAGGCCCUGCUUAACCCUAAGGAUGUUGAGGCUGUUGCUCGGUGGGUCACCUUCAUGGUCAACAUGUUCGGCCUGAACGGUCAGACCCCUGUUGAUAGCCAGGAAAUCGGAUGGAGUGGCAUUGAUGUGCCCGAAGAGGCCAAGCCAUUCCUCUACCCGCUGUCGAAGAUGCGUGACUCCCUCCGACAAGCUGCGCGGGCCAAGACGAUCAACGCGGAGGAAAUCAGCAAGAUCGUGGAGAACGAAACCGUGUCGGAUGCAGUUACGGAAGCUAACCAGACCUAUGCUUCUGUCCUGUCUGACUUCCGUACCAAGGUGGCUUCACUCGAAGACUCGGCGAACAUUGGAAAGGAGAUUCUCACCCUCUGCGACCGCGUUCGCGAUGUCGAUCUAUUUGACAUUGGUGUUUACCUCGAGGACCGCGAGAACCUUCCCGCCGUUGUGCGCCCCGUGAGCCGAGACCUCAUCCAAGCCCGCGAAGAAAAGGCAGCGCAGGCACUCCAGAAGCAAAAGGAAAAGGAAGCAAAGGAGAAAGAGGCGUUGAAGAAGCUCGAGAAGGGCAAGCUGAGCCAUCUGGAAAUGUUUCGGACAAACGAGUAUAGCGCCUGGGACGAGGAGGGUCUGCCGACUCGGGAUGUUGGCGGCGAGGAAAUCACCAAGAGUCGCGCAAAGAAGCUUCGCAAAGACUGGGAACGACAGAAGAAACUGCAUGAGACCUGGCUGGCGAGCCAGCAGGGCAGCAAGUGA